CACUGCUGCUGCUGCUGCUCUUUUCUUUUAUUCCUGGCUGGAGUUAUAGGACUUGGAUACUGAGAGAGAGAGAGAGAGAGAGAGAGAGAGAGAGAUGGGCUCUGCGUCCUCCGCUUACAGGAUCAUCUACCUGGAGGUGGACGGCAGGAUCCAGAAGGUGGUCUUCAGCCGGUUCUGUAGUCCCUGUGAUAUCAAGGAGCUCUUUUGCACAGCCAUGGGGUUGCCCAGGAAUACAUCCAUUUCCCUUCUGGACUCAACCGGAGCUAUGGUCUCCAUCGACCCCACCAUGCCGAGCAACUCGGAGAGGUUGCCGUACAAAGUGGUUCCCCUCACUGGAGGACAGCUAGCUGAUAAAGAAGAACUUUUCCAGAAUGUAUUGACUCAGGUAGCAGAGCAGUUCUCCAGAGCUUUUAAGAUUAAUGAGCUGAAGACUGAAGUGACGAACCGCCUGGCCAUGUUGGAGAAAAGAGUGGAAUUGGAGGGGAUGAAGGUAGUGGAGAUUGAGAAAUGUCGCAGUGACAUUAAGAAGCUGCGGGAGGAGAUGGCCUCCAGGAACAACAGUAGUUUCCUGGAUGACACCAAAAAGCUGAAUCCUCGCAGAGAUGUGCCUUCUUACCCAAAGUAUCACCUGUCCAAAGAGACGAUAGACACUCUGAGACAGCCCAUCUUCGACGUGUGGCAGUGGGAACCUAAUGAGAUGCUCAGUUGUCUUGAGCACAUGUAUCAUGAUCUGGGCUUGGUCCGAGAUUUCAAUAUCAACCCUAUUACGCUGAAGAGAUGGCUGCUCUGUAUUCAUGAUAACUACAGGAACAACCCAUUCCACAACUUCCGCCACUGCUUUUGCGUUACACAGAUGAUGUACAGCAUGAUCUACCUCUGCAACCUCCAGGUAAAGUUUACACAGGUGGAUAUUCUGAUCCUCAUGACUGCCGCUGUGUGUCACGAUUUAGAUCAUCCUGGAUACAACAACACGUAUCAGAUAAAUGCACGGACAGAGCUGGCCGUGAGGUAUAAUGAUAUUUCUCCUCUGGAGAACCACCACUGUGCCAUAGCCUUUCAGAUCUUCUCGCAGCCAGACUGCAACAUCUUCUCCAACUUCGAUUCUGAAGCCUUUAAACAAAUCCGUCAGGGCACCAUCACGCUGAUACUAGCUACAGACAUGGCGCGGCAUGGGGAGAUCCUCGACUCCUUCAAGCAGAAAGUGGAGAACUUCGACUUCACCAAUGAGGAGCAUGUUACCUGUUUGAAGAUGGUGCUGAUUAAGUGCUGUGACAUCUCCAACGAGGUCCGGCCGAUGGAGGUGGCUGAGCCGUGGGUGGAUUGCCUUCUUGAAGAGUACUUCAUGCAGAGCGACAGGGAGAAGGCGGAAGGCUUACCCGUCGCUCCGUUUAUGGACAGAGAAAAGGUCACUAAGCCCACGGCUCAGAUCGGCUUCAUUAAGUUCGUCCUCAUUCCUAUGUUCGAGACAGUGAUGAAGCUGUUUCCUCAGAUCGAGGAGGUGAUGGUCCAGCCACUCAGAGACUCACGGGACAGAUAUGAAGAACUCAAACAGAUUGACGACGCCAUGAAUGAGGUUCAGAAAAAGAAGAGUGAGAACCUUACCAUGGGAGGGAAAAAGAAAUGAGUCAGGGGAAUCCAAUGAUUCCGUAUCCGGAAAGCUGGUGAAUGUACAGUGGCCUGCUGGGAAACCUCCCAACCAAUCCAAAGCCUCUUUCAGGGAAUGUGAAUCUUGAUCAGCACGCACACACACACGCACACACACAAACCAGACUACAUUCAAGAGAUAUUAUUCCCUAUUUGCCCUGUUUUUAUUUGGUUUAAUAUAUAAAUAUAUAUAUAAAGAAAUAUUAUUCGGGUUGUACAGAUUUUUAGUCAUUUUUGUCCUUUAUUACAAAAAUAAAAAGUUUCAAGUAUAUUUUUUUGUCACAUGACUUUAAACUUUGUAUCUGUUUUUAAUGCGUUGGUAAUUUAUUAUUUCGAACAUCAAACGCUUUACCAGUGUUUUAAUUUAAAUUCAAUGCUGGUGGAAAAACAGCACCAAAUAUGCACUUCCAGUGUGAUCACUACGUAAUAAGCAGCUCAUACGACUUUUGCCGCCUUUUUUUUUUUUUAAGCUCUUG